AUGGCGGCCAAGAGCGGCAGCAGGCGGGGGCUGCUGAAGGCUCGCAGCGAGGACAACGCGUCCUCCUCGCACUUCGACGCGGAGGAGGGGGACUCCGACUCCGAGGAGGAGGAGGAUGCGACGAAGCCUGGCGCCCGGCACUUCGGCCUCUGGGUGAUCGCGGCGCUCCUGUGCGCCAUCCUGGCGAUGUUCUGCGCCGUCUACGGCCUGUCCCUGAAGGACUCCGGCACGAGCGGGGAGGAUGCCGGCGAGGGCUCCGGCAUGCGGCCCGAGGACGAGGACACGGAGCACAUGCCCGAGAGCGGCCUCCUUACAAACGCUGAGUUCAGGUGGUUCAAGUGGACUCCGCUGAAGCGCACGGCCGAAGAGUCUAUACUAGAUGCUUUUCGGUUCGGCAUGGGGUGGGCCAAUGCCCGCUUCACAGAGGGGCGCGAGGGGCCGGCCCAAGCGAUGACCAAGGAGUAUGUCGCCGAUUGGGUCGCCAACCAGCUUCUGCGCGUCAACCCCUUUGGCAAGGACGAUGCAGUGCCAGUGCCUCUGUCGCCCCUGAAGCAGGGCCACUUCGUCGGUUACACGAGGCGACAGGUCUGCUACAUCGUCGCCCAGAGCCUGCUCGGGGCCCGCACGGAGGGCUACGACAGCUUCCUUGCCAGAUACCUGGACGGAGAGGACGAGUGCGGCGCGGACUCCGCCGAGCCCAGCCCGCGCACGGACAGCUUCGGCAGGGCCCUGUGGAACCUGCUGGCCACCUGCGCCGCGGACCCGAGCCUCUCAGGCGUCGGCCAUGGUCCACUGCUGCUGGUGGUCGUGGCCGAGAAGGUAGAAGAGAAAGUCACAAAGUUGAAGCAGAUCGCGAGUUACGCUCCCCUGGAGGGCGCGGGCCUACGCGUGUGCCGCUACGACGACGGCGCAACCGACCUGGCCGACCCGAUAUAUUCGAAGGGAGAGGAGGACGUUCCUCAGGAGGGCUGCAUUCCACCGACGCUGGGCGGCCCUGGCCGCGACUUUUUGACCGGAGGCCUCCGGUACCAGGCCGUGCUCGCCACCGCCUUCGGCGAGUCGCUGCCGUGCGGCAGCCGCUCAGAGCGCGAUCCCCUCCUGGCGUACAUCAGGGGCGGCGGCACUCCUGCUAUUUCUCUCCGACGGAGACAGGGGGCCCAUGUCCGACAAGCCGUUCUGGCUGCUGGGCGCGCGAAAGAUCAUGGUUGGCCUCGACGGGACGGGGAGGUUCGACUCUCGGAUGGAGCUAGACACGAACCUGUCGAUGAACAGCGACUUGGAGACGGUGAUUCUCAAUGGGACGAACUACAAAAUGAGCUCGUCGCGCCCCCUGCUCGCGUACAUUGGGGCAAGCCUAGAUUUCCUGAACAUCAGUGGGAGGGAUGA